AGUGGUUGCACCCACCUGGCCACCCCGCCCAGCCGCCCCCACCCGCGCGCUAGCGAGUAGGGAAGCUCUCUCUCUCUCUUCCGGUCUUCGGUCUCUUCCCCAUCGUCUCCUCCCCGGUGAUUCAUAUAUACGCGCGCGCUCUCUCUCUCCGGCCACAGCGCGCGGCCUAGCUCGCCUUGCGGAACCGCAUCACGCACGCCAGCAGCGCUAGCCAAGAGCAGCCAGCAGAUGGAAACCACGGCCCACGCCGCCGCCUCCGGCACGAUCCAGAACGCCCGGCACCGGACGAGCGCCCUCAAGCUGUGCUACCACCUGGCAGUCUCCAACGCGAUGUACCUCCUCCUAGCCCCCGCGGCCGCGGCGGCGGCGCACUGGCUCUCCCGCCACAGCGCGGCCGAGCUCGCGGGCUCGGCCCGGUCCGCGGCCGCCGCCAACCCGCCCCUCGCCGUGGCGCUCCUGGUCCUGGGCGCGGUGCUCGCGACGGCGUACCUGAUGCAGCGCCCGCGCGGCGUGUACCUUGUGGACUUCGCGUGCUACAAGCCCGGCGGCGAGCACGUGGUGACGCGGGAGACGUUCAUGCGGCAGUCGGAGGCGGCGGGGGUGUUCACGGGCGACAACCUGGCGUUCCAGCGCAAGAUCCUGGAGCGGUCCGGGCUCGGGCAGGGCACCUACUUCCCCAAGGCCGUGCUCAACUCGCCGCCCAACCCGUGCAUGGCGGAGGCCCGCGCCGAGGCCGAGGCCGUCAUGUUCGGCGCCAUCGACCAGGUGCUGGCGAAGACGGGCGUCCGCGCCAGGGACAUCGGGGUCGUCGUCGUCAACUGCAGCCUCUUCAACCCGACGCCGUCGCUCUCCGCCAUGAUCGUCAACCACUACAAGCUCCGCGGGAACGUCGCCAGCUACAACCUCGGCGGCAUGGGGUGCAGCGCGGGGCUCAUCUCCAUCGACCUCGCCAAGCAGCUGCUCCAGGUGCACCGGGACACGUACGCCCUGGUGGUGAGCAUGGAGAACAUCACGCUCAACUGGUACUGGGGCAACAACCGCUCCAUGCUCAUGUCCAACUGCCUCUUCCGGAUGGGCGGCGCGGCGGUGCUCCUCACGAACCGGCGCUCGGAGCGGCGCCGCGCCAAGUACCAGCUGGUGCACACGGUGCGGACGCACCACGGCGCGGACGACCGCGCGUACCGGUGCGUGUUCCAGGAGGAGGACGAGACGGGCCGCGUGGGCGUCGCGCUGUCCAAGGACCUGAUGGCGGUGGCCGGCGAGGCGCUGCGCACCAACAUCACGACGCUGGGCCCGCUGGCGCUGCCCAUGUCGGAGCAGAUCCUGUUCCUGGCGUCGCUGGUGGCGCGCAGGGUGUUCGGCGCCCGCGGCGUGCGGCCCUACAUCCCGGACUUCAAGAUGGCGUUCGAGCACUUCUGCAUCCACGCCGGCGGGAGGGCGGUGCUGGACACCAUCGAGAAGAACCUGGGGCUCAGCGCCUGGCACAUGGAGCCGUCCCGCAUGACGCUCUACCGCUGGGGGAACACCUCCAGCAGCUCGCUCUGGUACGAGCUCGCCUACACGGAGGCGCAGGGCCGCGUGCGCCGCGGCCACCGCGCGUGGCAGAUCGCCUUCGGCUCAGGGUUCAAGUGCAACAGCGCCGUGUGGCGGGCGCUGCGCACCAUCGACCCUGCCAAGGAGAAGCCCGCCGGUGGGAACCCGUGGGUGGACGAGAUCCACAACUUCCCCGUUGAGGUGCCCAAGGUGGAGAGCGUCGUCAUGUCCUCCUGACAGUGACACCCACGGAGGGCAACUACUAUAUGCUGGUGAUGGAGGGCGUGCGCCGGCAGAGCGAACAAUGAUGGUGGACGUACGAGGUUAUGCCUAAAAUACUACAGUAUUGUUAAUGAAAGCAUUGCAAAAGGUUUUUUCUUACACUCCAAAUAGGUUGCUUUGGCUAUCAAAUUGGCAAGAGCACUAAUAUGAGUCGGUUGGUGGGAUAUUUAGAAUAUGAUUGGUUCGGUUGUGAACCGUGAAAAAACUAUUGUGAAAUGUAUGCUAUUAAAAGUAUGUUGUGAGUUAUCUGCUGUAAAAAAAAGUUGAAAGUCGUUUAGUCAAACUGAUGUGAAUUGUCUAUUAUGAACAAUUUGUAUAUUGUUCAUAUCUUAAUCAAUUUAUCUAAUUAAAUUA